AUGCCUGAUUUGCCGGCAGCGCUCUGUUUGGCACUGCUUCUCGUUGGAUUAUGCGGUCUUUUGAUGAAUAUUCUCUUACUAAUCAUCAUUCUUCGAUCUCCACUUUUAAGCAGAAAGGGUCAACCCGUCUUCAUUCACAUUUUCUCAAUGGUUUUGGGGAAAACCUUUCAACUAUUGAUUAUCGUUUUCUACAUUGCACCGUCGAUCGCUUUUCAGCGUUUUCCUUUCCAAGAAACCGAGUACGGUGACGUGGUUCUUUCGAUUGUUUCCUAUGCAUUUUAUACUUUCUGGGUUCAUUCAUGUUGCUCAAAUACAGUGCUCGCUUUUUCCAGAUUCGUGAUCAUCAUCUGUGCUGAUUCUCCUUUGUCUUCCGUUUGUGCUUCGCGUCUCUCCGUUUUCUGCCAAUCGGGCGCUAUUUGGUGUUUCUCGGCGAUUCUCUCGCUUGUCACUCAAUUCGUUCUUCCCUGUUGCCAUGUCAAAAUUGAUUACCUCCACUAUGGGUACUCGUACGAGGUCUUCGACGGCGCUUUCAACUACUCGAAAUAUUAUGUGAAUCUGCCGGCAAACAUCAUCCACACCAUCAUUUUCUUCAUGUUUUACGCAAGUAUUGUCGUUUUCCUCUGGAAACACCGAAUUCCCGUCGGCUCGGCGUCACGACGCGAAUCCGAGUUGGCUGUGCAAUUUCUUUUCAUCGCCGCCUUUUUCUCGUUAACAUGGAUCUCAUUUAAUAUCUUGCCACAAACCUCAUUGGGUUCUCUUCCCGCCACGGUGAUGCUCGAGUGUGAUUGUGCGGCGGCGGCGAUGAUCUAUCUGACGAUGAAUAGAGAUAUUCGUCGCUACAUUCGCGGCUCACAAGAGGGUUUAAUGGGUUGCUCACAGCAAAGCGUUUCUGCCAUGCGAAAGAGCACUUUGCAGAGCUCAUAUCGAUAUCGACCGGCGGCAAGAUCGGCCGAACUU